UUCGCCUAGUGCUACAAGAUAUCAUGGCAGAAACCAUAAAGCUCUUCCGUUCUCUUCUUCUCCUUUUCUUCAUUUUUGGGCAAGGUUAUGGACAGCAAUGUAGCAAAAGGGAUCUUUCGAUCAAACUCAAUGCUACUGGAAAGUCUAUAGGAGGGAAACCUGAGUUCAUUCUCACUAUUAGUAACAACUGUGUUUGCCCUCAAUCCAACGUUUUGAUUCGGUGUUUUGGUCUAAGCACUGUUGAACCGGUUGACCCAGCAAUCUGUAAACCGGUUGACAAUAACAACUGCUUGAUCAACAAUGGUACAGCUAUUGUGAAAGGACAUCCAAUCAGCUUCAAGUAUGCGUGGUUAAUACCUACUGAUUUCUCUGUAGUGAAUUCUACUGUUGUUUGCUCUUGAGCAUAUGACGGGAAUAUUUUUGAACUGUCUAUGGCUGUAAUUUUAUUUUCUCAGAUUGCAUCAAAACAAUAAAUUGAAAUAUGGAAAGAGAGACUGUUAUAUUUUUGGAAUUUGAAAUAUCGAAACAAAUAAAUAAUUUUACGGA